AUUCCCGAAACACAUUAAUCUCCAAAAAUUUAGCCCACCUUUACUUAAUUGCUAAUUAAUUAACUCAAUAUAAGACAAUUAUCUCUGACAAUAUAAUCUCCACUUCACACUCCAUUUCACACUCCACUUCACUUCACUUCCUCCCACUCACUCUCUCUCUCCCCUCCAAUGGCGAAACUGAAUAACCUCCUCCCACCAUUCCUUCUUCUCCUCCUAACUCUCACCUCCGCCCAACCCGACCCGGAAACCCGAAAAACUUACAUUAUUCGGGUCGACAGAACCGCUAAACCCACCGUCUUCACCACCCAUUACCACUGGUACACCUCCGAAUUCACUUCCUCGGAAUCUGAAAUUCUCCAUACAUACGACACCGUUUUCCACGGCUUCUCCGCCGUGUUAACCGCUUCACAAGCUGAAAAUCUCAACAACCACCCUUCUAUUCUGGCGGUCCUCGAAGACCGCCGCCGGGAACUCCAUACGACACGGUCCCCACAAUUCCUCGGACUAAGAAUCCAACGUGGACUCUGGUCGGAAUCCGAUUACGGGUCUGACGUCAUCAUCGGAGUCCUCGAUACUGGGAUAUGGCCGGAGAGACGCUCCUUCUCCGACCAAAACCUCGGCCCUAUUCCCAAACGAUGGAAAGGAACCUGCGAAGUUGGUGAGAAAUUCGGCAAAAAUAACUGUAACCGUAAGAUCAUCGGUGCACGAUACUUCUCCAAAGGACACGAGUCCGCCUUCCCCGGGAUUACCGUCGGAAACACGACGUCGGCGUUGGAGUUCAAGUCCGCGAGAGACGCCGACGGUCAUGGGACCCACACAGCAUCAACAGCAGCAGGGAGGUACUCGUUUAACGCCAGUAUGAACGGUUACGCUUCUGGGGUUGCUAAAGGUGUGGCUCCUAAAGCAAGGUUAGCUGUUUACAAGGUUUGUUGGAAAAAUUCUGGUUGUUUUGAUUCUGAUAUAUUAGCUGCUUUUGAUGCUGCUGUUAAUGAUGGUGUUGAUGUUAUCUCUAUUUCUAUCGGCGGAGGAGAUGGUAUUUCAUCUCCUUAUUAUCUUGAUCCGAUUGCAAUCGGGUCAUACGGUGCCGUUUCAAGAGGGGUGUAUGUGUCUUCCUCUGCUGGGAAUGACGGGCCGAAUACUAUGUCGGUGACGAAUUUAGCACCGUGGAUAACAACCGUUGGAGCGGGGACUAUUGAUCGGAAUUUUCCGGCGGAGAUUGUUUUAGGAAACGGGAAAAGAAUCUCCGGCGUAUCGCUUUACUCGGGUUUACCCUUAAAGAAAGGGUUAUACCCGAUUGUUUACCCGGGUAAAACGGGUUCUCUGUCUGUUUCUUUGUGUAUGGAGAAUUCUCUGAAUCCAAAAGAGGUAAAGGGUAAAAUUGUAAUUUGUGAUAGAGGGAGUAACCCCAGGGUUGCGAAAGGGGUGGUUGUUCAGAAAGCUGGUGGUGUUGGGAUGAUUCUCGCUAACGGAGCAUCUAACGGUGAGGGAUUAGUAGGUGACGCGCAUUUAAUCCCAGCCGUUGGUGUUGGAUCCGACGAAGGAGAUUUAAUCAAAGCCUACGCUGCAACACGAUCACCGAAAGCAACUAUCAACUUUAAAGGAACCGUCGUCGGAAUCAAACCGGCGCCGGUGGUGGCGUCAUUUUCCGGCAGAGGACCAAACGGGUUAAACCCGGAGAUAUUAAAACCCGAUUUGAUUGCACCCGGAGUUAACAUUCUUGCGGGUUGGACCGAAGCCGUGGGUCCCACCGGGUUAGACGUGGAUACCCGGAGAACGGAGUUUAACAUUUUGUCCGGCACUUCAAUGGCGUGCCCCCAUGUAAGUGGAGCUGCGGCAUUGUUGAAAUCGGCGCACCCUGAUUGGUCGCCGGCGAUGAUAAAAUCUGCAAUUAUGACAACAGCUAGUCUUACUAACAAUCAGCUGAAGCUGAUGACGGAUGAGGCAAUCCCUGGGAAAGCUUCUAAUGCUUAUGAUUACGGGUCCGGGCAUUUGAAUUUGGAGCAAGCUCUUGAUCCGGGUCUUGUUUAUGAUAUUACUAAUGAUGAUUAUGUUAACUUCUUGUGUGCGAUUGGUUACGGGCCGAAGACGAUUCAAGUGAUUACUAGGAAUCCUGCUAAUUGUAAUAUGAAGAGGAAAGCGUCCCCGGAGAAUUUGAAUUAUCCGUCGAUCGCGGUGUUGUUUCCGGGUUCUGGGGUUACGAGCAAGACGUUUGUAAGGACGGUGACUAAUGUAGGGGAUGAUGUGAAUGCGGUUUAUAAGAUGAAAGUGGAGGUUCCGGCGAAGGGGGUGGCAGUUUCGGUGAAGCCAGAUACAUUGGUGUUUAAUGAGAAGGUGAAGAGGAUUACAUUUACUGUCAAGGUUACGGUGGAUAGUAAGAAUUUGAAUUUGGGAGAUACGGGUGCGGGUUUCGGUUCGAUAUCUUGGGCGGAUGGAAAGCAUGUGGUUCGGAGCCCCAUUGUAGUGACCCAAGUAAACCCAUUGUAAUCUAGUAAAGGAGAGCAUUGAUGUAUUAUAGGGAAAGAAUGAAUGGUAUGUUACUUUGUUUGGUUGGAUCACUUUGAUGCCAAUGAUCAAAAGAUGGGUGUAGGAUUAGAGCCAUUUGAUCAUGAGUAACUUUUGAUCGAUUUUUUUUUUUUUUAAUUUAUUAAAUGAGUUGGUUUGCUUUUGCUUUUGGGAAUGGGGGUUAUGGGUUCUGUCUUGAUAUGAUGAUGUUGUAAUUAUAAAAAGGCAAUGUUGUUUGUAUAAAGACAGGAAAAAGAGAAAGUAUAAAGGAGUGAUGAGUAGUAUUGUAGUACUGUCCGUAGUGUAAACAGAUGUUGCAAAAUUGAAGUCAUCCUUUACAUGACAUUGAUACUGCUGUCUUCUUGUAGCAA